AUGUGUGGUUCGCUCGACGUCACGCAUGGACAGGCUGAUGCGGAGGGGCAAUGGAAGUCAGCAUCGUUUGGGUCAGUUCAACUUGGAAGAAAAGGAGCAGUUCACUGCAAGAGACACAGGCAAUCGGACGAGGUCAACGUUAUUGGACGAGUUUGUCGCUACCACGCUUGCCCUCUUCGAGCUACCUUUGGAAGUCCGCAGACGCGAACUCUCGAAUAUUGUUCCGUGCACAAGCUUGAUGGAUAUAUCGAUCUGGUUCACAGGAAGUGCUCCUUCUUUAAUUGCGAUACAGUCGCAAGCUUUGGGGACCCUGGGGACAGGAUGCCGGUCGCCUGUGCCUAUCACAGAGAAACGGGGCACAUCUACGUCGUCAGCAGGAAGUGUGGCCACCUUGAAGGGUGCGAGACUCAGGCUGUCUUCGGAGACUCCAACGGGCCAGCCAAAUUCUGCUCACAGCACAAGCUCCCACAUCACAUAGAUGUUGUCAACAAGAAAUGCAACAUUCCUGAAGGGUCCUCGAAUCGAGGCUUUGGGAGUUCUGCCGCCAGGAUGAAUUACAAGAGACCAAGGCUCUUUGCGGAGCCCCUACUAGGUGCUGGUGCUCCAAGAAUAUGA